AGCAGCGCGUCGGAGAGGAGCGGCUGUAAAAACCAAAGUGGGGCAAUGAGACAAGCUGCGCCACAGCUGGCAAAUCAUCGAUUUGAGCAUCAGAAACGGGGAGGGGCGGUUCGUUUACCUGCCACCCUCUCAAAGCAACCCUCCUCACAUGCCGCUACUCUCCUCUCCUCUACUUCACCCCCGCUGGUUGCUCACAUUUCUGUUGCUCCAUCCGCCGUGUGCGCUCUCCCCAACUUCAACCUCCGCCAGUGUGGUUUCGAGCACACGACUCCCCCCCUCCCCUCCUCCUCAUCCGCAGGACUUUUGACUUUUUAAAACAUUUUUUUUGUCCUCCCACAGAGUAGUUGCCUAUUUUUGGAUCUCUCGUCGUGGAGCAUUGACAAGAGGUUGCUCAACUUUUGAUGGAAAACAAGAGGUCGAGCGACUGCUGACUUUAAAGGUGAUAGUGAGCAGAGGUGCUGAGAAUGAUGGAACAUCUCAGCGAGGCGUGUUUGGGCAAGGAGAACUCGGAGCUGGUCAACAGCAUGGCAGAGGGCAAGGCCCCGCCGGCCAAGCUGCCCCGACUGGAGCAGAACGGCAGCCCCCUGGGCCGAGCCAGGCUGGGCAGCACCGGGGCCAAACUCUCUGGGGUCCCGUACAAACCCACCGGCCACCUGCUGAAGACCUGCCAUAAGAGAGGCAACAUGCUGCCCGUGUUCUGUGUGGUCGAACACUAUGAGAAUCCCAUGGAUUUUGACAGCAAGGAGGAGCAUGCCGAGUUUGUCCUGGUGCGUAAGGACAUGCUCUUCAAUCAGCUGAUCGAGAUGGCCCUGCUGUCACUGGGCUACUCCCACAGCUCGGCGGCCCAGGCCAAAGGUAUGAUUCAGGUGGGGAAGUGGAAUCCCGUCCCCCUGUCAUACGUGACAGAUGCACCGGAUGCCACGGUGGCCGACAUGCUGCAGGACGUCUACCACGUGGUCACGCUUAAGAUCCAGCUGCACAGUUGUCCUAAGCUGGAAGACCUGCCGCCCGAGCAAUGGAGCCACUCUACAGUAAGAAACGCCCUCAAGGAGUUACUCAAAGACAUGAAUCAGAGCUCUCUGGCUAAAGAAUGUCCCUUGUCACAGAGUAUGAUUUCCUCCAUUGUGAACAGCACUUACUAUGCAAAUGUGUCGGCGGCGAAGUGUCAGGAAUUUGGGCGCUGGUAUAAACAUUUCAAGAAGACAAAAGAUAUGAUGGGCAUGCGCCAACCCUCCCAGCUGGAGGGCUACCUGGGGACGUGUGUCCUCCGUGAGAGCCCACGUGCCAAUGCACUAGCUGAGAUGGACGGCCUGUCCGACCUCUCCCCACCCGGCUCUAACCACAACCACAACCACAACCACCUGGGCUUCUCCCAGCAGCAGCAGCCCAUCCCCGGCAGCACAGCAGAGCAGACUCCCUCCUCGCCGGUGCCCCCGAUGUCCCACGCUCCACCACCACAUGGUGGCCAGACGGGCGGCCGACAGCCCCAGCUUCCGGGUCUUCACCACCCGGGCCUGGUGUCCACGCCCAUCAGUCCCCAGCUGGUGAACCAGCAGCUUGUGAUGGCACAGAUCCUCAACCAGCAGUAUGCAGUGAACCGGCUGCUGGCACAGCAGUCCCUGUCGCAGCAGUACCUCAACCACCCACCUGUCAACCGCAACUCCCACAACAAGCCUCUGGAGCCACAAGUGGCAUCAAACACAGAGGUGUCCUCCGAAAUCUACCAGUGGGUUCGGGACGAGCUGAAGCGGGCCGGCAUCUCACAGGCCGUCUUCGCCCGUGUGGCCUUCAACAGAACCCAGGGUUUGCUCUCUGAGAUCCUUCGCAAAGAGGAAGAUCCUAAAACAGCAUCCCAGUCGCUGCUGGUCAACCUGCGUGCCAUGCAGAACUUCCUGCAGCUGCCGGAGGCCGAGCGUGACCGCAUCUAUCAGGAGGAGAGAGAGCGAAGCCUGACCGCUGCCUCCGCAAUGGGCUCCGCUCCACUUAUCAGCACUCCACCCAACCGACCUGUACAGCCCCGGAGGGAAGACUGUAACAGCGUAAGGCCCGAGGACUGGAAUCCCCGAAUCCCCGUGGGCAUUUCCCCUGUGAAACCGUCGCCUCUGCCCAGCGAGUGGAACGGAAAGACAGAGAGCUGCAUACUCAACAUUAACUCCACCAUCUACGACGAGAUCCAGCAGGAGAUGAAGAGAGCCAAGGUUUCCCAGGCCCUGUUCGCUAAGGUGGCAGCCUCCAAGAGCCAGGGUUGGCUGUGUGAGCUGCUCCGCUGGAAGGAGGAUCCGUCUCCGGAGAACCGGACGCUGUGGGAGAACCUCUCCAUGAUCCGGCGCUUCCUGAGCCUUUCCCAGAUGGAGCGCGACGCCAUCUACGAGCAGGAGAGCAGCGCGGGACAGCAGCACCACAGCGAGCGGCCGACGCACCUGAUGCACAUCUCUACCGAGCAGCUACAGGCUCAGCCGCCCCAGUCACAACAGCAGCACCAGCCCUCCCUGUCUCUCCAGCACCCCUCCCAACCCCUUUUGUCCCAGCAGCCCUUGCAGCUACAGCAGCCACCCACCGGCCCCCGGUUGCCGCCCCGCCAGCCUUCCACCGCUUCUCCGGCCGAGACGGAGGACGAGGUCAGCCGCGGAGGGAGCAUCAAAUCCCGUACCAGCGGAGGGAAGAUCUCUCUGGAAGCUCUGGGCAUCCUGCAGAGCUUCAUCCAGGAUGUGGGUCUGUACCCCGACGAGGAGGCCAUCCACACCCUGUCGGCUCAGCUGGACCUCCCCAAGCUCACCAUCAUCAAGUUCUUCCAGAACCAGCGCUUCUACGUCAAUCACCCGGCCAAGGGGCUGAAGGAACCCAGUAACAACAACAGCACCGCAGGCAACACCAACACCAGCAGCAGCAGCAGCAGCAGCAGCCCGGCCUUCGAGGAAGAGCUGACGGACUUCAGGGAGAGCGGAGAGCUGCUGAAGGAGAUGGAGGAGAGCACGCAGACCAACAACACCAUCUUCUCCAUCAAGAUCGAAGAGCAGCUGGGCCGAGGCAGCGAGGCCCAGUCAGAGUUAGAGCACGAGGCCAAGGAGUAGGACGAGUCAUGUACUGAGAGCUUUCAUGUGCACACACAGACUGAUUGACUGUGCUAAAUGUAACGCUCUGGCCGACACACAACCACCACACUGCAAAUAAAGAGAAGUAGUGUUUUUAUUCAGUACGGCGCCCCGGACUGUAUGAGGAGUGUUUAUAUAUCAGUUGCAGACUGACAGGCUGUGAAGUUAGUGUUCACACACUGGAAAGCCCAUCUCAGACUCUGUAAUACAACAAGUACUACUUUUUGGAUUUUGUAAAACUUGUAUUAUUCACUGUAAAGACUGAUGCAUCAUUUAAAUAAUCUGCACAAAAAAUUAUUCUAAGUAUGUUGCCGUGGAUAUUUGCUGACUGCACUCUGUCUGUUGUUUUACACUGACUUACUUUAUCUUUUUUGAGCUACUGAUUAUAUUUAAAAAGAAAAAAAGUCCCCGUGGAGUUUGAUAGGACUUUGAUAGGUGUUUACGUAUGUGACGUUUAACUGGAUUUUUUAAAAAAUAGCAAAUGAAAUCAAGGACCAAGUGGUUGACAAGGCCUUAAUUAUGAGGUAUCAAGUCUGGAGCCUGCUGGCAGAUUAGUUAUUCUUUUAAAAAGCGCAUAAUGUGAUUAUGGAUCACUCCAAACUCUGGAACGCGAUCACCCGGCCCAGGUGCAUCUCCGAGAAUAGCUCAGUCUUUACAUAUUAUUAUUUGUUAGGGAAGAAAUAUAAAUAUAUAUAUAUAGACAUAUAUUGUAACUGUAAAAAAGAAAUACAGUCUUAAAGAAACUAUGCCAACAAUGCCUUGUACUAUACGGCACUGCCGAUGUUACAUUAUUUUGCAAAACCUUUGUCACUGUAACUUUCUGAAUUGCCACACAGUUAGAAAUGUGAAUUACACCAUGUUUAUGUUGUCCGACAUUAUUUAUUUGCAGUUCAUGCAGUGUUUUUGAUGUAAUUACUUUUUUUAAAAGUUUAUGUUGCAUAGCGCUUUUUUUUUUUAAUUCAACCGAUCUUUUUUCUAUUUAUAAAUGUAAUUUCGAUGGGCAGUAAAAACAAAAAGUGUCUUACACGUUUUAAAUGGAGAAAUGUGCUUUAAAGGUUGCCUAUAAAAAAAGUGCUGUAUGUCAAGCAAACUCAUGCUACAAGCUUCACAAUUAAUGUUGUAUGCAAUUUUUACUAUCAUGCAAAUAAGCUUAGGUAAAAUGACUAACCUAUAGAACACCUUAGAAAGAAAAACAUAUGCAAUCUGUGUGAAAAUCGAUGUCUGCGAUGUGUCUUCCUUUGGUUAACAAUCCAAUUCAAAA